AUGUCAGCUGAGAUCAUGUCCCUCUUUGGGCCAUUAUCUAACCCUCAUCUCAAUCAACGUAUCUCUGCUGCUUGCUCAAUAGUCUCUUCUUUAGCUCCUACUCAAUCAAAUCAAAAAACUCAAGAUGAUACUCAACUUGUCGAUGACGCUGACUUUCAAUAUACUAUCAAACGUUUGGUUCGUGGUCUGGCUAGUCCUACUGUUGGGGCUCGUUUGGGAUUCUCAGUGGCUUUAACUGAAAUUCUUUCAAAAUCUCAUCAUGUAUCAGCUCAAUCAGUUUAUUCUCUCUUAAUCUCAUCAACGGAAAAUCAAGGUGGAAUGAAAGCAUCUGAAGAACGUGAUUUAUUAUUGGGUAGAUUAUUUGGAAUCAAAGCUAUCGUUUCAUCGGGUCUUAUCUUCAGGUCUUCAUUAGAUUCCGAUUCUCAACUUAAAAUCUGGAAUUCAUUAGUGGAUGACUUGAACUCAUUAACUCGUAGACGAUCUUGGUUAGCUGAAAGUGCAGGUUGGGUACUUACCUGUGGUAUGCUUCAAAACCUAUUGGCUCGUUCAGAACCUAUUUCUUGGAAGGAGACUGCGUUGAAAACUUUAGUAGAAAAAAUCUUCAUUCAAAAUACAUCAUGGAAUCUCGAGAAAUUAGCAAUGGCCAUUCUUUUACAACGCUAUGAUAUCACCAUCGACUGGAAUUCAAUCUUACGUGACAUCUUGCCAGUACCUUUGAUCCUCAGCCCAGAAAACAUGUCUACUUUGUAUGGUUACUUGAUCUCAUCUGGCCACUCCUUGGAGCCUUCCGAUUCCAAAUCUGCUUCGACUCCCGCUACAUCUCAUCCUGCCUCAACAAACGAACCUUCUACUCACCCUCACUUUAUCCAUACAAUCAUCACCUUUGCUUCUCCGUCUAUUUCCAAUGGGUUUUCUGUUUUCGAAUUAUAUGUUCAACUUCUCGAGAAUUUUUACUUUACACCUCAUGAGUCAAAUCCUACUCGAAAGUGUCAAGGCUUUAACCUCCUGAAUGAUUUACUGGCUUCAGCUCAUAUCACUCAAGCAGAUAAACCUAGUUUACUUACUUCUGCCACUACAUAUACCUUGAUGGUCCAAUCAGCUGCAAAAGACCGUCUGCUUCAUAAAUCCGCACGAUCAGUGCUAACCACUCUCCUCGAUCAAGCAGAACAAUCUCCAUCACUUGCACUUGGGUUUGCUACUCAUAUCAGGAAAACAUUACCUAAUUUUGAUGAACAGAGUAAUACCAAGACUUUGGAAACUCUAUUGACAUUAAUGAAGGAUGAAGAAGUUCAAAAUUGGGUACACGAAUUAAUCAAUGCUUUGGAAUUUGGUCAACCUAAUUGGUCAGAUCACGUUUCUCAAGAUGCAUCAGAUGAUGAUGGUGAUUCACCAUCAGAUCUCAUUGAUGACAAGUUUAGACAACAAACCCUUUCACAACUCUGUACUAUUAUUCAUAACCGUGCUAUCCCAAAAACUCGAAUUUGUACAAGAUCAAUCAUUUAUAUGAUCAUCUCUUGUGGCUUCUAUGGUCAAUUGACUAACCUCUGGCCUUCAGAACCUUUGAAAGCAUCCAAGCGACCCAAAACAAAUCCUGAACCGGCGAAGACUGAUCCUGCAACACCCUCACCCAACUUGGCAUUUUUUGAUUUAUGUCGAUCACGCUUUUACUCUUGCAUGUCAGAUUUAUCAUGUAAAGCACCAGAAACUGUCACCAAAGUUAUCAAGCCUAAUGGACCUCGUCAAAACAAGUCGUCUUCGAUCAGUCAACCUAAAGAUCAAUCGGGAAGUGUUGAAAAACGAUGGACAAGUGAAGCUUUAGAAAUCAUGCUCCAUCACGAAAGUAAUGGUCAACGAUCCUUGAUAGACGAGAAAAAACUUCAUGACGAUAAGCAUCAUAUUGAGUUAAAUCGGUUAAGACAAACUGCUUUGAAAUUCAGGGAUAAGCUUAAUGUGAACUUGAAGAAAGUGGGACCUAGUGACAAAGUUGAAAGUCUUGCACUUUUGAUUGAAAGUAUCCUUUUGAUGUCAUAUGAUGAUCAUGAUGAUUUACUUGAAGCUCUUGACUUACUGUUGCGGCUCGAGCCACAUUGUCAAGAAUUUUUGAGUAAAGACCUCAAGAAACCUAACGGAUUGGAUUCAUCAACUAUGGAAGUUUUGAUUGAAACCUUACUAUUUUUCUUAUCUUGGCCGAUUGCUUUUAUUCGAAAUGUGGUAGAGCAAGUGUUUUCGAACUUUACAGAUUGUAUCAAUGUUUCCAGUCUACAACUUUUGAUCGAUCAAAUGAUCCCUUCUAACAGUGCUUUGGAAGACGAUGACGAUGAAGAGGAGGUUUUAUCUGAUGAUGAACCAGAGGAGAAAGGAUCAGACGAUGACACUGAAGAAUCAUCGUCUGGUGACGACGAUGAUGAUAGCGAUAGUAUCUCAGGGAGCUCUCUUGGAUCUAUUGAUGAAGCCUUCCGAGAUGAAGUGGCCACUGCUUUGGCGAAUGCAUUGGCAAAAGAUCAAGAAGAAGAAGAAGAUUCGGAUGCUAGCUCAGAACCUGUGGACGAUGAUGAAAUGUUGGCGUUAGAUGCCAAUCUGGCUGCUCUGUUCCAAAGGCGUACUGGUGCAGCCACAUCCAAAGUUCAAAACACGCAAGAUUUACAUUUACGUCUCAAAUUGUCUGAGUUAUUUUCAAGAUUUGUUAAAUCAAAACCUGAUCCAUUACUCACCGCUCGAUUAAUCACGCCGAUGUUAAAUUUAAUUCGAAAACCUACAAGUGGAGAAGAAGAAUUGAAAAAGAAAGUGUUUAAGAUCUUAACUGAAAUCUUAAGACAACCUAUCACGAAGCUUGAUGAAGAACAAAAGAAAGCUCAACUUUUAUCACCAGAAGAAUGGUUUAAGAUUUUCAAGAAAACUUUUAUGAUUGCCCAAAGUGUUGAAGCAUCAGAUCUAUCCAAAUUCUGUAAUCAAGCAAUCCUUUGGUUAAUUAAUCUUGGAAAUUUACAUUUAUUUAAAUUUAAUUUAAUUGAAACUUCGCAUCCAAGUUCAAUUGAAUUUCAAAAACUUUAUCAAUCAUCAUUAAAAGAAUUUUGUUGUAAAAAGAAUACAAAAUUACAACCGAAAUUCUUUUUAGGAUAUUUUAAUAAAUUUUCAUUAAUUGCUUGGAAUUUAAAACAAGAUUUAUUGGAAUCGUUGGUUUCUAUUGAUACUGUAAAUGCUUAUCGUAGGAUUCAAAUUCUUAAUUUGUUACAAAGUUUGAUGAUGGCUUAUGCUGCUGAAUCUGCACCAAAUUGUGAUAGUGAUCUUUUGAAUUUUAUGCCAAGUGUUCGAACUCGUUUACUUUCUGUUCUGAAACAAGGUAUAAGUUCUUCAGGUGUAGAUGGGCCAAACAAAUCGAUUGAAAAGAAUAUGAAUACAGCCAAGAUCAAAGAAGUAUUGAAAGUUUUGACUACUUUGGUUAAAUUGACGAUUAAAUUAUCGAAAGGUCAAGAAGAAGUGAUUAAGAAGGUUUGGCCAAAAGUUGAAAUUGAAGAGAUUUUUGAAUUGAUUAAGUUUAGGAAUGAUUUAGAAGAUUCAAAAGUAUUGAAGAAAUCAUUUUUAAAGGUUUUAAAUUGUUUGAGUUUUGAAGGUGAUGUAGAUCGUACGAAAAUUGAAGAAAAUCCAAAGAAGAUCAAGAAAUCAAAAAAAGAAAAGAAAACAGAGGUUGAAGGAGAGGUUGAAAUGAAAGAAGCAGAAGCAGAAGAAAGAGAAGGAGAAGGAAAUGGAUUGGUUAAAAGGAAAGUAGAAAAAGUUGAAGAUGGAAAUGAGGAUCUAGAACAUGAAGGAAAAGAUAGAAAAUCAAAAAAGAAAAAGAUUAACAAGAAAUCAAAACAAUAGUUUUUUCUUUCUUUUCUAAGUUAGUUGAUUGUGGUAGGAUAAUUAUAGACAAAGCAAUCCAUGAAAGUUUAUGUAAUUAAUCAAUCAUAUAUAUUGAAAAAUCAUUUGACGGUGAUUCUUUUUUCAAAAAAAACUAUCUAUUGUGGGUUUCAUACUUAUUCCUUUGGGUUUUAUUCUUGAAAGAUAUUGAAGCAAGUUGGUCUGUUUACAUGAGUAUAAAUGCACAAUGAAGUUUUUUUUGUGAAACAAUC